UCCGUUGUUGUGGGAAACGUUUACAAAUGGCGGACAGGGGAAAGGAAAGUGAAAUGACAAAAACUAUGGAUUUGUGAGAAAAGACAUAAUGUCAUCAGACUUUGAUCUGUUUGCAAUAUUUUUUAUGAAGAGAGUAUAACAGUACAGGAGCAAUAUGGUCAGCAUUCCUGAUUGGUCAAAGUUUGGAAAACUCCAUGAAAAUGUUAAAGAACCAACCAAUUUAUUGCUCAAUAAGUACUACAAGCAGAGAGAAGAGCAAGCUAUCAGACAAGCUGAGGAGAGGGGGUAUUUUCGAGUUCCCACUCAGGAGUAUCUGAUAGAGGAAUCAAAGAAGAGGAAUGAUUAUAAAUACAAAGAUGUCAGUCACUUGAAGCUCAUCAAGUUGUGUGGUGUUCACCUGAGAAAAGUGGGCGAAAUCUCAAGCUGCCUAUAUCUCAGAAUAUGCAUCAUAAACAACAACUUUUUGACAAAGAUUGAUGGGCUAAUGUCAUGUCAUCAUCUGGUGAAACUGGAUGUCCACAGUAAUCAGUUAUCAGAAAUUCCAGGGAUCCCUUUUUGGUCUGGAAUGAGAAAGCUUGAGAUGCUGUUUCUCCAUGACAAUCCCCUGGGGAAGUAUGAGACCCUACAGAGUCUUGCCACAUGCCCAAAUCUGAUUGCCCUCACUCUGUAUGACACUCCUCUCAGCCUCAAGAAAAACUACAGACACCAUGUGGCCAACAGCAUUUGGACACUGAAGGCCUUGGAUCAUUAUGUGGUUUCUGAUGAAGAGAUUAUAGAAGAUGCUGUGUUUGGGGGACAGUUUGGGACACUGAACCCAGCUUUUCGAAUUAAUCUGUGUCCUCCCACUCCAGAGAACACAACAUAUGAAGAGGAGAGACAUGUCUUUAUGUUGGUGAUCGCAACUAUCAAUGACAUCCAGGCACAUCACUCUCCUGUCCUCAUCAUCCAGAGAUUUAUCCGCGGAUUUCUGACCCGUAAAAGACUUGGACAUACUACCAAAAAGCCAAAGACAGCAUCAGGGCUUCAACUUCCCAACAUCAACCAAGAGUCCCACAUUCCCCCUCCCCCAAGCUCCUCCCCGGAUCUGUCCCAUGCCAUCCUUCAGGACUCCAGUUACACCAAUCUGGAACUGGAUCUGUUCCCAAGGACCAGGCCAGAGUCAUCAGCCCCUAGUGAAAGCUUGACCACCACAAAUUCAUUCAUUAGAGAGCCGCCCAUGUCCCCAAGUGAUGCACUGACGCCUGUACCACAGGAUGCAGAUGUUCCAAAAAAGAGAAAGAAUCUUCUGAUCAAUCUUGCCAAACUUCAGAGUGGUACAUUCUCUACUUUGUAUGAUGAAGCCAUAGCCAUAGAGACAAUAUUACCUGACUCCUCAUAUGAUAAGAUAGGAUCAGCCAGGCUAGAGACACGACGCAGCAGGAGGAGAAAAAAGAAGGAACCACAGCGAAGAAUAGUGAAGAGUGUGAAGCAGUUCUUUGGUCCUGUGGUGGAGUCGGAGAAGAUUGAAGACGUGGCUGCAGAGGUCCCUGGUGAGGAGAUCCCGAUCACAGAGUAUCGCUUGAGGGGAAUGAAGCCAGAAAUCUCAUUUAUUGAUGCAACAACUGAAAUGAUCCUAGAGAAACAAGAAGCAGGUAGGCUGAUCAGAGAUGCAGAGGAUGUCAUUCAUAUCCGCGCCAGAGAUGCUCCAAAGCCAAAAGUAACUCCUCGUAAAGCAGUCACAACGGAUCAGCGGAUAUUUUCUAGAGUGCACGGAACUAUGGGUAUAUCCAGUUUAUUGGCAGUUCAUCAAGCUUACAAGGACAGAGAGAAGGCUGAGCAAGCUGCUGCCAAGAUGGAACACAUUUUAAACCUGAGGGAUGAAAGAGAUCGAGCAAAGGAGAGGAUCCGCCUGUUUCAGGAUGAGAAGAGAAACCAGGCUUUGAAGAAGAGGGAUCAAGAGAAAGCUAGGAUGUUGGAUGCUCUGGAGCAGAGAGAGAUGAAGAGACUGAGUUAUCUGGACAGAAGGCAGGAUUUCAAGGCCAAAUCUUCAGAUAUGACUCGCUCAGUAAAAGCUGAUUUCACAUUCAUCACCGAGUUCAGUAAUCAGCAUACUUCAGUGUCCAAUGCACUGAUGCGCCAUGACAAACAAGCCAAACAAGAGGACAUGUUCAAUCAGAAGUCAGAGGUUGUGAUGGGUCAUAGGUCAACAAAGGUUGAGCAGCAAGAUGUGGUAAAGAAAUACUUGGAGCAUCGACAGUUGAUGAGACAGACUGAGUCUGCCAUGGCUAAGAAUGCUCUGGAUGCCAGAAUGCUGCAGGAGGCCAAUGAUCGGCUGAUGGAGGCGAAACAGAGAGUGGCUCAGCAGAAGGCCAGAAGAGAAACGGUGCAGGCCUUCUACCCUCUCCCACAGACGGUCAAUCCAGCCCCGGCUACCCCCAACACACGGAACUUACCUCCCCCCACGGCCCAGUCUCUCCCAACCACCCCAGCAGCUGGGGCCAGUCAUUUCGAGGCCAACGUGAUAGUGUCUCAGGGUCGCCUUGGAAAACACCCAACCCUCGUCACGUAACCAUUUUCUGAUAACGCUUUGCGUUAGUUUGUUAAUCUUGGGCAUGAACUGUCACCUAUCUUACUUACCAGUAACUAACUAAAUUUAACAUCAACUUUUAAUGAAUGAAUGUAGGUAUCAUGUAUGAAAUGCUAUUGAUGUAUGUGAAACGGGGACAUUUAAAAAAUUUCAUAAAAUGCUUUAUUGUUUAGCAGAUCGAGCUGCCCCCUUGCUCACUGUACACUGUGCUGUAGGAUUUUCUCGUGUCUCCCUAUUUGUCUUUGUCAUUAAUGAUAAACCAUCUUACAAGAAAAUUUAAUGUUUUUGUAUGUGCAUACAACAAGUAUUUCAAGCAACAACAACCAUAUGUAAACUUAUUUACUCAGGAAUAAUUUAUUUUAUAAAUGAAUUUUACUGUCAAUUUAAUUAUCUAAAUAUGAUGUACCUCUAGAUUAGAGCACUGUUAUGCAUGUAUUUGUUUAUAAUGUAGCCCCAAACCCACAUACCGUAUACAAAGUGAUUCUUACAAAGAGCGAGCCAUGUAAUACCGAGUAGUAGGAGGAAUUACUGGCUGUUUUUUAUUUGUGUAUUUUUAUAUGACCGUUAUACUAGAACUAGCCUACAAAUAUACCCUAACAUGUCAGCAUGUGUGUACAUUUAUGUUAUUUAUUCAUUAACAGCUUACUGUGAUUUAAAAAAAACCUCUAUUGUCAUAUCUUUUCUGACAGACAGUUUGAAAUAAUUGCAGUCCUACUAUAUAGUUGGAUGCCAGAAUUCAAUCAGUAGACAGCCAAUGUGACAGUUUUUGUACCCAAUCCAGUGCCAAAGUCUCCAAUGUUCAGCAUUUAAUGAGCUGGUUUGCUCAGUGUUAUGUGGACCAUUUAGUUGCUGCAGUCAGAUGUAUGUGUUAUAGAAUGCUGAAUGGGGUCUGUUUGUACAACAAUACAUGUAACAGCAUUACUUACAGCCAACAAUUCCAAGUUUGUAUUGAACUGCUUUCAUCCUGUGAACAUUUUCUGUUUUGUCUUGCAAAGAUAUGAAAAUCAUAGCUUUUUGAGUCGAUCAUUGAUUUAACUACUGUUUGUUUUGUAUUUUUGAUAACAAGACUACUUUUCUCCAUCUGAAGGUUGUGACAUCGUGCUGAGGUGUGCGAGUUACCUCCAUCUUUGAACACUCUGCCAUCAUCUGUUUCAGCUCUCUGUGAUAUUAUGUGUUGUGAUUAUUCCUUCUGUUGUGUUUUUGUUUAAUCAUUAUUAAUGUCUCAAUUCUUACACAAUUUAAAAUAAAAUGAAAAAAUGAA